AUGGAAGCUGAGCUCCGAAUUGGAAAAUACUUCACGUUCUUUAUGUGGCUUUUUUCUUCGUGGUGCAUUGAAGUAGUUAACGUCAUGGUGUGCGAUCACUUGGGUCUCAACGAGAACGAAGACUGUCGCACACUCGGCGUUACUGACCGUAAUGACAUUGGUCCCAAGAUUACUUUGAGGGCAGUUAAUUUUCGCCUUUAUCUUACCGCCAAAAAUACGGAAAAGUGCAUGAAGUCAAACUCUCUGGGCUAUUCUGCACAUUGUCAGCAGGAGUUGGAAACUGACAGACCGAUCGCAGGUUUCAUAAAUUUUUGCCCGACACCAUUUAACCGCUUGAUUGACAUGUCACAGGUUACUUACUUUGUGAAGCAUGAAGUGUUGCACAUUUUGGGCUUCUCACCCAAUUUGUAUGCGUUUUUUCGAGAUGCUGAUGGUCAGCCUUUGACUGCCCGGCAGCCGAAGUCAGGCAAUCCUGCCCUAGGAUGGCUUAAUUCAAGAAGAGGCAUUUACCAAUGGAGUGAGGAAAUAAUUAGAACGGUGUAUCGUAACUGGACAAGUGCUCUUGGCGUAUUCAGAAAGAAGGCUCAUUUGGUUGUUACACCCAACGUUUUGAGUUUGGCAAAGAAAUACUUUGAUUGCCCAAGCCUGGAGGGCGUCGAACUGGAGGACCAGGGUAAACUUGGUGUUUCGCUUUCUCAUUGGAAAAUGCGCAUUUUGGGGAAUGAAUUAAUGACUGCAAGUUACACAAAUGCAUUUCGCUUGUCCAAUCUGACUUUGGCUUUUUUGGAGGACACAGGGUGGUACCGCCCUAACUAUUCGUUGGCCCAACAUUUAGCUUGGGGAUCCAAACGCGGGUGCAUAUUUUCAACUCAAAGCUGUUAUUCGUAUAUGCUGGACCAGCUCUCAAGGAAUGCUGACAUUGCUCCAUUUUGUGUUCAUCCAGAAUUCGAGUCGGAAGGCAGCCACUUUGCUUGUACACCUGACCGGCGCAGCUUCGGUUACUGCAAUCUUGUGCGUAAAGAGUUUGGACAGAACGCUAGCAAUAUCCACCCAAUGUUUGUUUACUUUGGCAAUACAUCCCGUAUCAGGCAUCUGGGAAAAAUCAUACCGCGAGACUGCUUUGGAAAAAUGGAUCUCGCUGACUUUUGUCCAUUCAUUCAAGAGAUAACAUGGACGGAUGGCAAUGGAGCUCCUCUCCGCUCGAGUCAAUGUGAUGAUCUGCAUAAUUCUGAAGUUAUCACAACCUCAACAAAUUAUAACCUUGAAGUGUUUGGUCCGCGUUCUAUAUGCCUUCCCAUCGCGACUAACUGGACCCUUAUUGGAGCAAAUUCUACCCAUUUUGGAGCCCCCAUUCGUGGAGCUGCUUGCUAUCAGCUUAAAUGUAGCCUGUCUGAAGGUGGCCUUAUUUUGGAGCUUUCUGGUGGUCUCCGUGUUCUUUGUGGUCGCGGGGUCCAAAAGACUCCUGUGAACAUCUCGGUCUGCCUUCGCGAGCCCGCUCUCACGGUAUCCGGCUCCUUCCAUUGCCCGAAAUGCACGUCAUUUUGCGAUGUGAGAUAUGUUUCCCUGCCAUCCCGUUUUGGUUUUGAAAGAUCUGAAGGUGAUAGAAGCCCCAUGGAGGACGUUAGCUACUACUUUUACAAUCCUCUCCGUUCUUUUAUCGUGCCUGAGACUAAUUCACUUAAAUGUCUGGUUUCGUAA